AUGGUGCGGGCGACAGCAGCCCCGGCGGCGCGGCCAAACUUGGCGGUGGCUGCGGUGGUUCGGCUCGCCCUGCCCUGGCCUCGGACGACGAGCGCGGCGCGGCGCGGCGGCCAAGGGGGCGGGGGCGCGGGGCGCUUCCGACUCGCAGGAGCGCGAGGCGACCUCAGCCCCUCAUCUUUACGUAACCGGCAGCGCCUCCGCACGCAGCAUCCACGGCCCCGGGCUCCGCCGCGCUGCCGCCGCUCGCCGCCGCCCGCGCCCGGCGCCCGGCGCGAUCCCCCCGACGGGCGCGCCGGCCGCUCCAAGCCGGCUCCCUUGGAAAGACGCCACACGUGGCGGCCGCAAGUUUAUUCGCUUGAAAACGCCCCCGAGGCGCUGGGAGAGGAAACUGCAAGAGAGGUACACGCCCUCGGCCGCCUCUCCGUCGAGCCAAAGCCCCAGGACAUUCACCCGACCACCCUGACGCGGGUGGCGAGGGCCGGACCGAGCGCCAGGUCUAAGAGACACUUUUCCCCCAGUCCACCGACGCCUUCUGAGCCCCUGCUUUUGCCGGUCCGCACCGUUCCGGCAUUCUCUUGCUCAGUAACAAUUUCGCAGAAUCCCAUCACGUCACAAUCCAAACCCCCUCUAAUUGGCCAGUGGGGAGGGUGAUUCAACUCUGUUUACUUUCUCCCCCUGCCAG